UGGGAGAGCAGCACAUACACGCUCCUUAACCAUGGAGGCUACAGCCAAGUACGACUAUGAAGCUGCAGCUGGCGAUGAACUCAGCUUCAAAAAGGGAGAGCGACUGAAGAUUCUGAAGACCACUGGAAACUGGUACAAAGCAGAACUCCAUGGAUUAGAGGGAUGUGUCCCCAAAAACUUCAUCAACAUUGACUUGCCCAGCUGGUACCAGGAGGACUGCAGUCGCAGUGAUGCCGAAGAGAAGCUGAUGCAACAGCCUGUGGGGGCCUUCCUCAUACGGGGUAGCCAAAACGUAGCUCAGGGUGACUUCUCCGUCUCUGUCAGACAUGCAGCAGAUGUGCAGCACUUCAAGGUGCUGCGGGACAGCAGAGGGCAGUAUUACCUGUGGUCAGAAAAGUUCCCUUCUCUCCAACAGCUGGUGGAAUAUUACAAAAACACCUCUAUCUCCAAACAGGGUCCAGUAUUCCUACAAGAGAUGGGACAACAGCAACGAGGAGGCUCAGACAGUUUACCGCCUCUCCCCGCUCCUCCACUCUCCGACUGCCCACCUACACCUGCACCACGACAGCACAAAGCCUCCUCCAAGCUGCAGGUCAGAGCUCUGUACAGUUUCCACGCUGAAGAGAAGGACGAGCUGGAGUUCAACGCCGGCGAUGUCAUCAAGGUCCUGGAGAGCUCUGACCAGGCCUGGUGGAAAGGCCUGCUGAGGGGCAAAACAGGCCUGUUCCCAUCCAGCUACACCCAACCCAUCUGAGAGGAACACAUGCAAACACAUGCAAUAUUGCCAUUACUUUUUAUCCAAACAUAUGCCUAAAGCUAAUAACCGUAACCUCAACCCUGACUUACAGUAAGUCACAACCCUGAAGCUAGCAGCAGAAGCCUGUGUUUAAAAAAGUGUUUAAUGUCUAGAAGAAAAAUGAAGACUAACUUCUUUGUUAAGACAAACGCACGCAUGCA